AAUAUUGCGAAGUCCUCUCCGAACCCCGUUGCAUAGUCUCUUGUACGCCGCUUCGCUCCUCACUUGUACCCAUGUCCACUCUUCGCCUCCCAGACGAGGUCUGCGAAGAAAUCAUCGAUAACUGCCGCAGCUUCUUGGACGACGGCGACUGGUCACUCGAGGAAUCCUACCAAGUCCUGCACGCAUGUAGCCUGACAUGCCAAGCCUGGCUGCCUCGCAGCCGCCUCCGACUGUACUCCGUGUUGCUUUUUCGACGCCACCGCGACGUAGGAUCGUAUCUAGAAACCCUGGCGACCUACCCCUUCCUCGGAGAUCUCCCCCGAACUAUGGUCAUCAACUCAACGGAGGAGUGUAUUCCGUUCGCAAACGAGGAACUAGCCCAGAGACUGCCAAAUAUUCGCACGCUGUGGCUCGCCGUCGACAUGGCCCUCUACUCGUCGAAGUACCUCGCCAUGGCUGGGCAGUAUUCGAUCACCCAGCUCUACGCCCACUUCCAGCCCACAGCCAAGGAUAUCGGUCAUCUGAUCCGGCUCCUGCUCACCCUUCCGAAUCUAAGGCAGCUCCACAUGGCGUCCGCUUCGCAUGGGCGCAUCCUCAAGCCUGCGUCGUUUUGCCCGCCUUUGUCCGACGCAGACGUCCUCCGGACGGCCCCUGCGCCUAGACAGCGCCCGAUCCGCUCCAUCGUGCUCACAACACUUGAGAUAGAGGCCAGCUGGUACGAAAUCUUCAGCAUCCCAUCACCGAUGGUAUUUAGCGCAUCUGUGGUCCACCUGUCCAUUCGCUGCUUGACCACACGAUCGCCUCACUAUAGGCACCAGUUACUAGGGCUGCAGGGCCUGCAAGUUUACAUAUCGUUCCUCUCGUCACUCAAGACGUUGGUCUUCAUAGUCGAGCCCGAGAGUCUCCACCACAACGCGCUCGGCCACUCGGCCGACGGCACUGUGUUCUACCCAUGGAUCACUUCCGCUCUCUCCCGAGCACGAACACAUACCAUGCUAAGCACCGUAUGCCUGCGGUUCUGGCGCCCGCUAUCAGUCUGGAGGUCCGCCCCGCUGAGCCGCUACGGCUUUCUGGAGAUGCUCGCAACGCGUGCCCUGGAAGACGCCCUCCGCGACAUACCCAACCUGUCUCAACUCGCCGUGGAGCUCCCGGCAGGCCCGGGGGAUCCCCUAGACGUCUGCAGCUGGUGGGAGACGGAGCUGCGCAAACGCUUCGGGCGGCUCAACUUGAAGGCCCAGAUUUCGGUAGCAGUGCACCCCAGGUCCGACGCGCUCUCGCAGGAAGCAUGCCGUCCAAUAUGGGUGGAUUUCAGUGAGGAGACUCCCGAUGCGUAUCGAAUACUGUCGCAGCGCCGCUACCCGCCGCGUCUCCAAGACUCAACGACGGACAUCGUCGUGGCGUUCGACUAUGUCCCACUCACCCAAGUCCUCUCCGGGCGUGGGGAUGGUGUGUCCUGCCCCCAUGAGCCGGCAUUUCCCCACGACGCCGCCGUCGGCGAGGAGAUAAACAUCGUCGUAGCACCCACAGGGCUACAAAUACCUCCCGAAGUGCCGCUGGUGCAACAGCGUGUCGGGCGGGACGCGCUGAGCACCCGCGCGGAGCUGGCGCACAUCGUAUCUGCGGGCCUCCAUACGCUCAUGGAAGAGCACCCCUUGGUGCACAAGCGCACGGCUGUCGAGUUCGCGCGACUGUGUC